AGCCCCCCUGCCCCCAUGGCCGCCCGUCGGAGCCCGAGGCGGAGUGGGCGCCGGGGGGCGCCGGGCACCGCCCUGCUGGCCCCCCUCGCACUGGGCCUGGGCCUGGCGCUGGCCUGUCUCGGCCUCCUGCUGGCCGCCGUUGGUCUGGGGAUCCGGGCGGCGCCUUGGACCCAGGGGCCUUCCCAGGGAGACCUGGUAGCAGAAGAGGACGAGGACCCACUGGAAUUGAAUCCUCAGGCAAAGGAAAGUCAGGGCCCCACGCCUUUCUUGAACGGCCUCGCUCGACCUCGCAGAAGUGCUAAAGGCCGGAAACUCCGAGUUCGCCGAGCAGUUGCAGCCCACUAUGAAGUUCACUCACGGCCGGGACAGGAUGGCGAGCAAGCGGGUGUGGACGGGACGGUGAGCGGCUGGGAGGAGGCCAGAAUCAACAGCUCCAAUCCACUGCGCUACGACCGCCAGCGAGGGGAGUUCACGGUCACUCGGGCUGGGCUCUACUACCUGUACUGUCAGGUGCACUUUGAUGAGGGGAAGGCGGUCUACCUGAAGCUGGACUUGCUGGUGGAUGAGGCCCUGGCCCUGCGCUGCCUGGAGGAGUUCUCCGCCACAGCUGCCAGCUCCCUGGGGCCCCAGCUGCGCCUCUGCCAAGUGUCCGGGCUGUUGCCCCUGAGGCCAGGGUCCUCCCUGAAGAUCCGCACCCUCCCCAGGGCCCACCUCAAGGCGGCCCCCUUUCUCACCUACUUUGGGCUCUUCCAGAUUCACUGAGGGGCUCUGGCCUUCCGGAGGGUCACCCAGGCCACUGGCCUGCCACAGCUCUCCAAGCCCCUCGGCCCACCUCAAAUGGCUCCUCACUCCAGAGCCUUGUUCUCCAGGGGCCUCUGCUUGUUGGCACCUUCACACCCCCUCGCCUCCCCCCACCUGGGGCUUUCCACCUCCCUCCCCCAUUUACAAUCUCCUAGCCCCACCCUGAUCACGCCCCCCACCCCAGAACACUGUGUUUACUGCAUCCUGGGGGCCAAGAUGGGUCUGGAAGAUGCCUCUUCAGGCGCAAAGCGGGGCUGGACCUGGCGGCAGGAAGCGGAAGAGCCCGGGAGGAGACCUGGUAUCCCCAACCAUGAGGCAUCUCAGAGACCCCAACCAGCUCCACCCGAUGCAGCCCUGUGGAUUUUUUUUUAAAGAUCUUAUUUUUAUUAUUAUUGUGACAAAAUGUUAAUGAGUGGGUAUUAAAGAGAGUAAGCCACCA